ACUACGCAAUCACCCAGAAUGCUCAGCGGCCGAAAACCUGAGGUCCCAUGCUGCUGUGCGGCUAAAUGCGAUUCCAUCGCCCCCGACCCAACCGCUCAAUGGCCGUUGGCUAUCUUGGGGGAGCCCGCUGUUGGACUAUGACCCACUGCCAGGAAACAGGCGCCGGAAGACUCUCUGACAAGAUCCCGCUUUUCUAGGGCGGUAAAGGCGUUCACAGGUCGGGAAGGGGCGGUGGGAGAAGCGGGGCAGCGCUGAGCCAUGCUCGUGAACUGUGGGUCUGUCUGUGAAAGGGACCAGUUUCGUGGCACUACUGUGGAGCCCGCGCUGGAAGGUGGUCUUGUGACAGAGCGAAAACUACAAUUCCCAGCAUUCCUGCGGUGCCAGAACUACCUUGCCCGAAAGCCUCUGCGAGAUUUACCCCGUCUUCCGCCUCCCUCCCACCGGAAAACUCUGAGGACAUGAAUAGUCGCCAGGCUUGGCGGCUCUUGCUCUCCCAAGGCAGAGGGGAUCGUUGGGUUUCAAGGCCCCGCGGGCAUUUCUCGCCGGCCCUGCGGAGAGAGUUCUUCACUACCACAACCAAGGAGGGAUAUGAUAGGCGGCCAGUGGAUAUAACUCCUCUAGAACAAAGGAAAUUAACUUUUGAUACCCAUGCAUUGGUUCAGGACUUGGAAACUCACGGAUUUGACAAAUCACAAGCAGAAACAAUUGUGUCAGCGUUAACUACUUUAUCAAAUGUCAGCCUGGAUACUAUCUAUAAAGAGAUGGUCACUCAAGCUCAACAGGAAAUAACAGUACAACAGCUAAUGGCUCAUUUGGAUUCUAUCAGGAAAGACAUGGUCAUCCUAGAGAAAAGUGAAUUCGCAAAUCUGAGAGCAGAAAAUGAGAAAAUGAAAAUUGAAUUAGACCAAAUUAAGCAACAACUAAUGCAUGAAACCAGUCGAAUCAGAGCAGAUAAUAAACUGGAUAUCAACUUAGAAAGGAGCAGAGUAACAGAUAUGUUUACAGAUCAAGAAAAGCAACUUAUGGAAACAACUACAGAAUUUACAAAAAAGGAUACUCAAACCAAAAGUAUUAUUUCAGAGACCAGUAAUAAAAUUGACGCUGAAAUUGCUUCCUUAAAAACACUGAUGGAAUCUAACAAACUUGAGACAAUUCGUUAUCUUGCAGCUUCGGUGUUUACUUGCCUGGCAAUAGCAUUGGGAUUUUAUAGAUUCUGGAAGUAGUAUUAAUGCUCAUCCUGCUGUGGCUGUUGGCUUCUUAGAACACCAAACCAGGAGAGAUUUACUUUGAACAUUGUCAGUUGCAGCAAAAAUUUACUACACAAGAUUAUUUGAAGUGCAUAUGGACUAAAAGAGGAAGUGUUUUAGAAUGAGAAGAGAUACUUUGUCUUUAUUUUGUGUGUGUGAGUGCAUGUGUGUGUCUUUAUUAUAUUGAAAAGCUGUCAUUCAGACCUGGUGUAUUUGAGAUAGAAGAGCAUUUUGUCCUUUUGAUAGUUCAUAGAAAUUGAACCAGAGUUUUCUUAUGUUUGCUUGAACAAUUGUGUAAAUCAUACAGGAUUUUGUGGGUAUUGGUUGAAUAUUUGUAAACCAUUCCCUAGCCUACAUAUUUAUUACUGAAUUAACUUUCCUGAUAACCAUUGCAUAAUUACAUUUUUCUAUAAAAUAAAAGAUUAUUACAGCAAA